UACCUUGUUACCUUGUUACUCUGUUACUCUGUUACUCUGUUACCUUGUUACUCUGUUACCUUGUUACCUUGUUACCUUGUUACUCUGUUACCUUGUUACCUUGUUACCUUGUUACUCUGUUACCUUGUUACUCUGUUACCUUGUUACUCUGUUACCUUGUUACCUUGUUACCUUGUUACUCUGUUACCUUGUUACUCUGUUACCCUGUUACCUUGUUACCUUGUUACUCUGUUACCUUGUUACCUUGUUACUCUGUUACCUUGUUACCUUGUUACUCUGUUACCUUGUUACCUUGUUACUCUGUUACCUUGUUACCUUGUUACUCUGUUACCUUGUUACCUUGUUACUCUGUUACCUUGUUACCUUGUUACUCUGUUACCUUGUUACCUUGUUACUCUGUUACCUUGUUACCUUGUUACUCUGUUACCUUGUUACCUUGUUACUCUGUUACCUUGUUACCUUGUUACUCUGUUACCUUGUUACCUUGUUACUCUGUUACCUUGUUACCUUGUUACUCUGUUACCUUGUUACCUUGUUACUCUGUUACCUUGUUACCUUGUUACUCUGUUACCUUGUUACCUUGUUACUCUGUUACCUUGUUACCUUGUUACUCUGUUACCUUGUUACCUUGUUACUCUGUUACCUUGUUACCUUGUUACUCUGUUACCUUGUUACCUUGUUACUCUGUUACCUUGUUACCUUGUUACUCUGUUACCUUGUUACCUUGUUACUCUGUUACCUUGUUACCUUGUUACUCUGUUACCUUGUUACCUUGUUACUCUGUUACCUUGUUACCUUGUUACUCUGUUACCUUGUUACCUUGUUACUCUGUUACCUUGUUACCUUGUUACUCUGUUACCUUGUUACCUUGUUACUCUGUUACCUUGUUACCUUGUUACUCUGUUACCUUGUUACCUUGUUACUCUGUUACCUUGUUACCUUGUUACUCUGUUACCUUGUUACCUUGUUACUCUGUUACCUUGUUACCUUGUUACUCUGUUACCUUGUUACCUUGUUACUCUGUUACCUUGUUACCUUGUUACUCUGUUACCUUGUUACCUUGUUACUCUGUUACCUUGUUACCUUGUUACUCUGUUACCUUGUUACCUUGUUACUCUGUUACCUUGUUACCUUGUUACUCUGUUACCUUGUUACCUUGUUACUCUGUUACCUUGUUACCUUGUUACUCUGUUACCUUGUUACCUUGUUACUCUGUUACCUUGUUACCUUGUUACUCUGUUACCUUGUUACCUUGUUACUCUGUUACCUUGUUACCUUGUUACUCUGUUACCUUGUUACCUUGUUACUCUGUUACCUUGUUACCUUGUUACUCUGUUACCUUGUUACCUUGUUACUCUGUUACCUUGUUACCUUGUUACUCUGUUACCUUGUUACCUUGUUACUCUGUUACCUUGUUACCUUGUUACUCUGUUACCUUGUUACCUUGUUACUCUGUUACCUUGUUACCUUGUUACUCUGUUACCUUGUUACCUUGUUACUCUGUUACCUUGUUACCUUGUUACUCUGUUACUCUGUUACCUUGUUGCCUUGUUACUCUGUUACUUUGUUACCUUGUUACUCUGUUACCUUGUUACCUUGUUACUCUGUUACCUUGUUACCUUGUUACUCUGUUACCUUGUUACCUUGUUACUCUGUUACCUUGUUACCUUGUUACACUGUUACCUUGUUACUCUGUUACUCUGUUACCUUGUUACGUUGUUACUCUGUUACAUAUUUGCCCUGUUACCUUGUUACUCUGUUACCUUGUUACCGUGUUACUCUGUUACCUUGUUACCUCGUUACUUUGUUAAUCUAUUAGUCUGUUGCCUUGUUACUCUGUUCCCUUGUUACCUUCUUACCUUAUUACCCUGUUACCUUGUUACUAUGUUACCGUGUUACCCUGUUCCUCUGUUGCCUUGUUACCUUGCUACUCUGUUACCUUGUUACCGUUUUACUCUGUUACCUUGUUCCACUGUUACUUUGUUAAUCUGUUAGUCUGUUACCUUGUUACCCUGUUUCCUUGUUACCUUCGUUUUACCUCGUUUGUCUGUUACCUUGUUGCUUUGUUACCUUGUUACUCUGUUACCUAUUACCUCAAGAUAUCUAG